UAUUCAGUGCGGUCCUAUUUGCAUUUUUAUAUGGAGAACGAAGGGGAAAAAAGAUUAAAGUAAUCGAAAUGAUGAAACGAUAUUACAUUAUGGCAUAAAUAUUUUUAUAUAAGUAAACAUUCGCUAAUUCCAAAUUUUCCUUUUUUUAACGACAGUACUAACUAGAAUCUUUUUAAUCGCGUCUCCUUUUGGGUAUUUUCGUUGUUUCAUCGAAGGUAGAUCUCGUUGCUAGAACUGUACUCGCCAUGUCCUCAUGUUUAAUGGAGGUAGAUGGAUCACAAAGUUUUGUUGAGGUGUUGUUAUCUAAUGAUUCUGAGCGAUGGAUGGAUUCCAUUGUUCAGGUGAAGAAUAUGGUAAUUGGUAACAAUAAACAGAAAAGUCAAGUAAUUGUUCAAGGAUUGAUUCCCAGGUUACUUCAGUGGAUGAUGCAUGAUAACAUCCCUUUGGAUCUGAAGAUAGAAUGCUCUGUGGUUUUGGGGAGUUUAUCAAAAGGCACAGAAGCCAACAUUGUCAGUUUAAUAGAAGCUGGUUCAGUACCUAUAUUACUUGCUGGCAACAGACUUGCUAAUUAUGAUCUGAAAUAUGUAGAAGCUUGUUUACGCUGUCUUCGUACUGUCUUUCUCUGUAAUAGUGCUCCCAAAGAACACAUUUUUGAGGAUUCCAGUAUAAUCCCUUUACUAAUUAAUGUCCUGCCUAAAUCAUCUUGUACACAAGAGUGUGUUACCACCAUAUUUGCUAAUUGUUGCAAGACUCCAGAACAUCAAAAUAUGCUGUGCAGUAAUGGUGCCAUUGAAGCUUUAGCUCCACUCUUGAAGUGUAAUAUUUAUAAAGUUCAAAUGCCAACUCUUCGUUGCUUCUCUGUGAUGUGCUACCAAAAUGAAGACGUUGCACAGGCUAUUGCUAACUAUGAUAAUGGCAAAGGAGAUACUAUUUCAGAAAUGCUUGUACGACUUCGUAAUCGAGAUAAAACAUCAGAAAUGCAAAUGGCUGCUGCUAAAUGUCUAACUUACCUAUAUCGAGGUGGAGCUCUUAUGGCUAAUGAUCCAAUAAUAAUGUUGAAGACUUUACCUACUUUAAUUCGUAUGUGCAAGAAGGACCGUACUUUAGAAGAAAAUGUGGAAGGAGCAGAAACUCUAGCGUAUCUCAUUGAAGUAAACUCUGAGCUGCAGAAAGUGGCUUCCAUUUCAGAUCACCUAAUUCGAACUCUAUCUGAUUAUUUAAAAUACACCAGUGUCCAACAGAUCAGUAGUACACAGAACACACAAAAAAAAGAUAUUCAUUGGGGUAAUGAACUCAAACAGGCAGCAUUCAAAGCAUUUGCUUCUCUUGGAGCCAAUGAUGAAGAUAUUCGCAAAAAGAUUAUUGAAACAGAAAAUUUGAUUGAUCACAUUACUAAUGGCAUGGAGAGUAGUGAUGUUAAAGUUCAAGCAGCAGCUGUGCGAUGUUUGCACAGUUUGUCACGUUCGGUCCAACAAUUACGCACAACGUUCCAAGAUCAUGCUUUAUGGAAACCUUUACUUAAGAUGUUGCAGAAUGGACCUGAAGAAGUAUUACGUGUUGCAUCUUCAACUCUAUGCAAUUUGAUGCUAGAAUUCUCCCCUAGUAAGGAAGUAAGUGAACUUGCAAAACCUAUUCUUGAAACUGGGGGUUUGAACAUUCUGGUCAAGCUGACCAACAGUGAUGAUUCCUUGCUCCGAUUAAAUGGUGUCUGGGGCUUAAUGAACAUGACUUUCCAAGUGAGUGACAAGAUGAAACACCAGAUCCUGGAAUCAUUACAGACAGAACAGUUAUUCCGCUUGCUGUCUGACCCUGAUCCUAAUGUAUUGCUCAAGACACUAGGACUUCUAAGGAAUCUACUUUCUCCCAAAACACACAUUGACAAUGUUAUGAAUGGCUAUGGUGACCAAAUUAUGCAGGCUGUUGUUUUUAUCUUGGAAGGUGAACAUUGUGUUGAUAUCAAGGAACAGGCUCUGUGUAUAUUAGGUCAUAUUGCUGAUGGAAAGACUGCUAAGGAUUUCAUCGUGGGGAAUGAAGAUGUUCUUCGAAAAUUAAUCAAUUAUAUGGUACACAAUAAUGAAAAAGUCCAACUAGCUGCAGUCUAUUGCAUCUGUAACCUGGUGUGGAAUGAUGAUGAGGGGUCGGCAGAAAGACAAGCACGGCUGCGAGAUUUAGGUGUUCAGAAAUCUCUUCAACAACUGUCCACAACAACUACAGGGGAUCUGCAACAAAGGGUGAAGCUAGCUCUUCAGCAAUUUUCCUGACAAUAUCUGAAACUAUUUGCUGUGGAUCCCGAGCAGAGACUGUAGCAGGAUAUCCCAACAACUAUUAGCAGAGAGCAGAAUGCUUUCUCAAACAACAUCGCUGCUAUUUCUUGUCCAGUUAUUGUAGGCAAGACAUGAUGAAGUUUGUUUCUCACCUUGACUAGCUGGAGAUUUUGGAAUACAAGUGCAAAUAAUAUUGCAUUUUCUGUUGUAUUGCUAAUCACCGGAGUGAUUCUGUGUGUGUGUGUGUGUGUAAGAUUUUGCUACAACAUAUGCACUCUAUCUACAUAAUCAAGUGGUUAACAGCAAACGUUGGGUUACUGUACAUUGCAGACUUUUAAAUACGUUGGUAAUGUGAGUGUGUGACAAGGUACAUUUUCUUGAUGUGCCUUCUAAAACGAGAUUUAUAUGAUUUAAAGUUUUGCUCUUCAUUAGAUAAAAGUGUCUGUGUAUAUACAUGUAUGUGUCCAUGUGAAAUUUUGUGUGUGUUCUUAAAAAUAAACUUGGUAUACACACAGAAGCACAUAAGUAUGCAUGACAUUAGUUUUUAUUUUUUUUAAACAAUUUCCUUUGAUUUCAUCAUUAAAAUUUCCCUAUUCUCUGACUGGAUACUUGGAAUGUCAGUGAUUUGUAACCCAAGUAAAAUAAACUGUCAUAUUGUCAUAUCGAACAAGUCCUUCGAUUAUUUUUUUUUUAUUCAAUCUCUAGUUUCAUUUUCAGGAACUUCACUUUUAACUGCUCAUCUGUAUAAAUGUCAAAAAUAUUUUAAGGAUUAUUUUUAACCCUUUAGCAUUUAAACUGGCCAUAUCUGGCCCAAAUUAUUCUGUCUUGUGUCCAAACGGGCCAGAUCUGGCUUCUCACAUCUACCCUACAAUUUCAUUCUAAAAAUAUGCAACCACUUCAUCAAAAUCUUGAAGAUACAAAGUAAUUCAUAAUUAAUUCAAAACAAUGUGAAUAAAUAAACAUUACAUUUGACAGAGUAAUAUGAAUGCUAACGGUUAGCAAGUAUAUAUUGUUGGGAUGGAAAAACUAGCAGCAACAUGCUGUCUUGGUUGGUAAGCAGGUGAAUUAUUACUUUUGUUGGUAUUGAGGAUUCAAUCAAAAUGUUGAACAUAAAGAGAGUGUCUAUAUCUCUGCAAUACGGCAGAUAAUGGUCAAUCAAAGAAGGCUUAAGAGUUUGAGAUGAAGAAAGUAUGUACAGUAUCCAUUUUGGACAAAGAAGACAGGUUAAGUCUAAGUUGAUGAUUAGAAGUUAUUGCCUGCUAAGAGGACAACUCUAUGAAUUGUGUUUGAUUAAAAAAUGUCAUGAGAUGGCAAGAAAUGAUGGAGUGGCUAGUGAGGGGAUCAGAGUGAACUUAUGAUUUAAUAGUUUAAUCAAAUAUUAUAAAGUCAGGCCUUACAAAUGAUACAGAAUAAAAAUACUUUGAAAUAUGGUGUGCAAACUUCUUAAAGGAAAGUUGUACAUUUGACCAUCACGAUAGUGUUGGUAUUUUGGCAGUUCAAAAGUUUUUUUAAAGAACAUCAAUUCACAUUAUGCUGCUGAUUACUUAUUAAAACUGAAUAAAGAAGAUGGUUUUGAAAUUA